AAUGUCGGAAAAUUCAUCGGAAUAUUUAAAACGCACCUGUCUCAUUUGCGGCUGUCAUACGAACCAGACGAUUAAUAUUUACGAGCCUCGCAGUGGACCAAAUAUUGUUCAGCUCAUCCAGGCCAAAUUUAAAUUUCAGCCGUUGAAUGAAGACAAAUACCUGUGCUUCAGCUGUAACAAUUGGCUCAUCAAUUGGCACUCGCUGCAGGCCUUGAAUAGCAACGAUGCGGAGAGUCCUUCGGGCACCUUUCGAUCCCAUCUAAAUAGUGGCAACGUUAUGCAGGAUGAAAAAAGUUCCGGCUCAAAGAAGAAAAUUGCCGUGUGUCGGCCCAUUGCUCGUGUCAGCCCCCAGCAGCAACCUCAACCAAUGGCAGAACAAUCUCCAUCUCCAGUGGUAACUACUUCCCAUUCAAGUGUUGAAGCACAGGACGUAACAAUGGAAAAUGUGGAAGUCGUAAAUGAACCAGAACCGGAAGAUCUAGACCUUAAACCGAACCAUAAAAUUAAUUUCAAUAAACGCAAUUUUCGUGUACAGCUUGCUCGUCGUGGUCACUCGCAGCACAAGAAUAUGUUGAUGUGUUCUUGUGGCAAAUAUAUUGUGAUACGCAGCAGCUCAACAAAGUUCUUCAAGGUCAAGGCUUCAGCAGCUCAGCCAAAGUGUCGCCAAUGCCGGGAUCUAACACGCAUGAGAGCCAGCUACAUGCGCAGCAUAGUUCAAGUUGAACAAGAAUUGGCCAUACGUGAAGCUCCUUUGUAUGCCGCUGAAGGGCAAUACGCACCAGCGGCUGAAGUCGCUGAACAGCCACAACAAAAUCAACAACAAUCCCAGCAACGGCUCCACUUGCCAAAGCCAACUGUCGAUGGCAAAGUUGUUGCCAUGUUAAGACGGUUGGGAACUCACUUGUCGCGCGAAUCUGACAACGGAAACGGAUGUAGUGAUACCACAGUAGAACGUCUACCACAAAUCAUGAGUCCCACCAAACCAAAGUCACCCAAGUGGUUAAGACCCCUCGAAGACGAUGAGAUUUUACUGAACUUCGAUACAAGCAUAUCGGAAGUCCUGCCCUCUCUGGCGGAUCAAUUUACACACGUGAAUUCGUUGGCGGCAAGAAAAAAGUUGUCGUUCGAGGCAUCUCAAAUUACGGAAGUAAUCGAUCUGUGCGAGGCCGAAGAUACGAAUGACGAUAGCCACUCACAGGGGUUGCAGCAACUUGAUUGCGCAGAUCUUGUCAACGGUUUCAAUUUGCCCAAAGGACUUUCGAUAACAUUGGCUUAA